AUGAAUCUCUCUUUUCUCUCUUUUCUCUUUUUCUCUCUCUUUUCUCUUUUUCUCUCUCUUUUCUCUUUUUCUCUCUCUUUUCUCUUUUUCUCUCUCUUUUUCUCUCUCUUUCUCUUUUUCUCUCUUCUCUCUUUUCUCUCUCUCUCUUUUCUCUCUCUUUUCUCUCUCUCUUUUCUCUCUCUCUCUUUCUCUCUCUUUCUCUCUCUUUCUUUUCUCUCUCUUCUCUCUCUUUCUCUCUCUUUCUCUCUUUUUUCUCUCUCUUCUUCUCUCUUCUCUCUCUUUUCUCUCUCUUUCUCUCUCUUUCUCUCUCUUUCUCUCUCUUUCUCUCUUUUUCUCUCUCUUUUCUCUUUCUCUCUCUUUCUCUCUCUUUCUCUCUCUUUUCUCUUUCUCUCUCUCUUUUCUCUCUUUUCUCUCUUUUCUCUCUUUUUUCUCUUUCUCUCUUUUCUCUCUUUCUCUCUCUCUUUUUCUUCUCUCUUUUUCUCUUUCUCUCUCUCUUUUUCUCUCUUUUUCUUUCUCUCUCUUUUCUCUUUUUCUCUUUCUCUCUUUUUCUCUCUUCUCUCUUUCUCUCUUUUCUCUUUUCUUUUCUCUCUCUCUCUUUUCUUUCUUUCUUUUCUCUUUCUUUCUCUUUUUUCUUUCUCUCUCUCUUUUUUCUUUCUCUUUUUUUUUUCUCUCUCUCUUUUUUUUUUCUUUUUCUUUCUCUCUCUUUUCUUUUUCUUUCUCUUUUCUCUCUCUCUCUUUUUCUUUUUCUCUCUCUCUCUCUUUCUCUUUUUUUCUCUUUCUUCUCUCUUUUUCUCUUUCUUUUUUUUUCUUUCUCUCUCUCUUUUUCUUUUCUCUCUUUUUUCUUUCUCUCUUCUUUUCUCUUUCUUUCUUUUUUCUUUCUCUCUCUUUUUCUUUCUCUCUCUCUUUUUUUUCUCUUCUCUCUUUUUCUUUCUCUCUCUCUUUUCUCUUUCUCUUUCUUUUUUUCUCUCUCUCUUUUCUCUUUUCUCUCUUUUCUCUUUUCUCUUCUUUUCUCUUUUCUUUCUUUUUCUUUCUCUUUCUUUCUUUCUCUCUCUCUUUUUUCUUUCUCUCUCUCUUUUUCUUUUCUUCUCUUUUCUCUUUUUCUUUCUCUUUCUCUCUCUCUUUUUCUUUCUCUCUCUCUUUUUCUUUUUCUCUCUUUUUCUUUCUUUCUCUCUUUUUCUUUUCUCUCUCUUUCUUUUCUUUCUCUCUUUCUCUCUUUCUCUUUCUCUCUUUUUUUCUUCUUUUCUUUUUCUCUCUUUUUUUCUCUUUCUCUCUCUUUUCUCUUUUCUCUCUUUGUCUCUCUCUUUUUUCUCUUUUUUCUCUCUUUUCUCUUUUUCUCUUUUUUUUCUCUCUUUUUCUCUUUUUUUCUCUCUUUUUUUUCUCUCUUUUCUCUUUUUUUCUCUCUCUCUUUUUUUCUCUCUUUUUUCUCUCUCUCUUUUUCUCUCUCUUUUUUCUCUUUCUCUUUUUUCUCUCUUUUUUCUCUCUUUUUUUUCUCUCUCUUUUUUUCUCUUUUUUCUCUUUUUUCUCUCUUUUUCUCUCUCUUUUUCUCUCUUUUUUCUUUUUCUCUCUCUUUUUCUCUCUCUUUUUUCUCUUUUUUUCUCUUUUUCUUUUUUCUCUCUUUUUUUUCUCUCUUUUUUCUCUCUUUUCUCUUUCUCUCUCUUUUCUCUCUCUUUUUCUCUUUUUUUCUUUCUAUUUUUUCUCUUUUUUUUCUCUAUUUUUCGCUCUUCUUUUUUUUUUUUUUUUUUUUUUUUUUUUUUUUUUUUUUUUUUUCGCUCUCAAAAUACACUCGAACGGUUUUUAUCUGCUAAGGGCGUUCAUCCGGAUCAUGGAGGCAAAUCAUUUACCAUUUGCACAGACGUAAAGUCUGUGUCUCUUUGUCUGUCUGUGUGUCUCUUUGUCUGUCUGUGUGUCUCUUUGUCUGUCUGUGUGUCUCUUUGUCUGUCUGUGUGUCUCUUUGUCUGUCUGUGUGUCUCUUUGUCUGUCUGUGUGUCUCUUUGUCUGUCUGUGUGUCUCUUUGUCUGUCUGUGUGUCUCUUUGUCUGUCUGUGUGUCUCUUUGUCUGUCUGUGUGUCUUUUGUCUGUUUGUCUCUUUGUCUGUCUGUGUCUCUUUGUCUGUCUGUGUGUCUCUUUGUCUGUCUGUGUGUCUCUUUGUCUGUCUGUGUGUCUCUUUGUCUGUCUGUGUGUCUCUCUCUCCCCCCCCCCAACCAUUUACAGAGGCUCGUUCUCGGAUGCUGUUUUCCUUUCUCCAUUUUGA